AUGCCCUGGCAGCCGCUGCCUCUGUCGUAUGCGGUUGCCGUUUAUCCCUUUCAGCCGACAUCUUCUCCGUCCGAACUCCCUCUUCAAAUUGGAGAUCAAUUAUAUGUCAUCGAGCAGGGAGGCAAAGAUGGGUCUUGGUGUCGAGGCUAUCUGGUCGCACCGCCCACCUUGCUGUCGGCAUUGAGUCCUGGGAUUAGGACCGCUGCUGACGCCCGGGUCUUUUCUGGUAUCUUCCCCAAGUGCUGUAUCGAGAUUCGAGAACAACUUGGUCCAGAUGUCGACCUCGUUGUCCAGCCGGGCCAGCCAAGGCCCCCAGCCCCAGUGCCCAUGUUGAAAAUUGGCGAUGAAUCUCCGACGUCAAUCGCAGAGCCACUGGUGGAUGAAAUCACCUCGUGUUUGCGAGAGUGGUAUAUCCUGCAUCUUCCCGAGUUGGUUUUGCGUCGAGAGUAUCAUCUUCUGGAUCAAAUGUCGGAUAUCACCACCCGACUCGACUACGCCAGGCGCGAGCUAUUGAAUGAUGUUCUCACCACUCAGGAGAGGCUCCAAGUCCGCAAGGAAGCAGUGUGGGACCUAGUGCGAGGCAACAAAAUGCUGAGCGGCGAGGUCAUCGUCCGUGAUCCGGCUCGGCAAGGACGACUAUUGACCUCGCAAGACCCGGCCAUCGAGCUGGCAAAGUUACAGUCAGUCAUGAGUGUGCUGGAUAGUACGCCGUCUGAAAAGUCAAAGGCGACUUCGCUCCAUCAUUGCCUCCUUGAAGUCACGUCCGUCGCGGGCUCCGACAUCGACACGACAACACUGAGUCUGGCUCUGUAUCUAAAGGACGCAGACGGCAAUCUCAAGCCCUUUUCAGAGACAUACAGCUCCGUUGCCACUUCCAAAAUGAAGACACUCCUGUCCGAUCUCAGCACGCGCGACGUUGGGACCGAUGACCGGCUAUUUCUUAUUGCCAAAGUUGUAACUUCAGAGCCUCCCCGGAAGGCCAAGAAAAAAACGGUAGAAAGACCACCGUCAAGGAAUGGAACCCUUCUCGGUCAACGACAGUUAUCUUUGAACAGGCGGAGAUCCAGCUUGAUGUUUGGGAGGCGACGAAAUGGAGACAGACCUCAGCCCAGCCAAAAUGGUAGAACCACCCCACAAUUCCAAGAAAGAGCAUCAACUCCAUCGAUAAUAGAGGAAGAGGAAGAUGGUCAGAGCAAGCCUGCGGGUCCUCCUGUGCCUCGGACUAUUGGCGUGGGAGUUUUGGACAUUGCAAAAAUCAUGAGGGACGGCCAGCCACGAGAAGAAACUGUCACCAUAUGGUCUGGGUCGCAACGAGAUGACGAGAAGUCCAGCGAGUCCAUCGGAAUCGCGGCGCAGCUCCUUGACAGCCCUGGUAGAGCGCUUAUUUUGUGCACACCGAUCUCCAGUGUCAAUUUCAAUCUGACUCCUUAUACUGCGCCUGAGGCAGACACCCUGAUUAAGAAUACGCCCACGUCAAUGCAUAUGAUCACCAAAACUCAGAAGAUGGGCUUCUCAGAGGCGCCGUCUAAACCACGGUCAGACAUCUAUCUCACUUUGAGCAAAGCAGUUCUUACUCAAGGCUCCUGGUUGUCUCACCCUGAGGUGAACGUGGCGCCGGUAAAAGCGCACUCACUGCAGAACCUGCAACUCACCAUGGAGGUGCGUGACAGUACUGGACGGCGUGUAGAGCAUUGUAUAUUUCCAUCGUCGAAUGGAGCGGGAGUCACUGCCUUCCGAACGAAUGCCGUCGAACUCGACCAUAAAUGGGAUCAGACACUAUGUUUGCGAGUGCCAACCGAGAAGGUGCCCGAAAGUCAUCUGGUUCUGAGUAUUGCGGAUGCCCCAGAGUUCCCGUUUGCACUGGCUUGGUUGCCUCUGUGGGAUAAGCAGGCCUUCAUUUCUGAUGGCAAGCACUCUCUCAUCCUGCACGCCUACGAUAAGAUCACAUCCAGCAUUGUCCAAGGCCGCGGUGCAUAUUUAUCCCUACCCUGGAACAAUGCCAACUAUAAGACCAUCCACGAAGGUUCCUUGGCCACGAUCGCUUCCCUUGAAGUAUACACACUUCUCUGCAGUACGGAAUAUUCGCAGGACCGAUCCCUCGUCAGCCUCAUCAAUUGGAAGCAUCAGACGUCGGUGCAACUGUUGGACAUCCUACAGAAACUCACGUUUGUCCCGGAAAUCGAAAUCGUCAAGCAGCUUAGAGAGGUGUUGGACGCGUUGUUCGGAGUGCUUGUGCACAAGUCGGGGGAGUCUAAGUUCGAAGACCUUAUUUUCAACGAUAUUGUUUGGGUGCUCGGUAUUGUCCAUGAUCGACGGUUCAACCUGGGUCCUCUGAUUGAACAGUACACCGAAACCCAUUUUCGGUUUCCCUACGCUGCGUCGUGCCUGAUUCGCAGCUUCACCAGACUUUUGCAAAGCGUUUCGGACCCUCAAAGUGCGCGUGAUAUGAGAUCACUGUUCAAGGUUGGCAAAAAUUUCAUGAGGAUUCUGAUCGUGUCGUACCAACAGCGACGCUUUGGAUCGCAACCCAGAGACAACGAUGAGAAGCGCUCAAAUUUCAAGGAAGACAUGCAAGCGAUCCUGUUUGGUCUGCAGAUGAUGAUGCGUAGCGAGACUCCGGCACUUGUUGGGAGUAAAACUCUCCUUGUACAGAAAUUCCACGACUGGCUUCCCGAGCUGCUGCCAGCCUUCAGCAAAGAAGAAGUGAUCAAGGUGGCGGUUGACUUCAUUGACGCAUGUGACACAGCCUCUGGGAAAUUGCUUUUGUACAGGAUUCUUCUGAUCCUAAAUUACACCAAGCUAGACCAGGUCUGGGCGGAUGAAAAAGACCGGAAGACGCUCGUUAAGAACUGUGUCAGAUGGCUGUCGCCGUACUGGACCCCCAACAACCGGUCGGACAACUGGCACGAGCAGGUCCGAUUGUGCUGCUCGGUCGUUGCUGAGCUCACACAAUAUCCGACUUCUCACCUGCACGACUUCAUGCCGAACCUCAUCUCUGCUUACAACACCGUCGCCGAUGGACCGCCAGCGAGACGGCGGUCCUUGUCCCUGCUCUUUUCAGAUUCCUACCCGUUCAUCAGCAAACCCUCCGAAACCAAUGAUCAGUUUGACGAAGCGCUACUGGAACUCUCGUCUCUCAUCUCCACAAUCGCAAAAAUGAAACUCCCACCGAAUCUCAAACUCCAGGGACCAGAUCUCACUGUGUACAUCACCUCCACCCUCACGGUUUUACGAUCUCUGCUCAAAAACGACGCGUUUCCCGCCUCGUGGCUCAGCCUGCACAUCUAUCACCACUCAUCAGCUUUGACGAUCUUGAACUACCUCUCAUCGCUCCUCAUCUCUUCGUACCUCCCAACACCAGAGGAUGCGGAUAGCUUCGACAUGCAACUAUGGAAGACCUUCCUCGAUACCCUCCUCAAACUCGUGUCGUCUCCUGCCUUGACGCUCGAGCUCUUUCCCGAACAAAAGCGGCGUGCCGUGUGGAAAAUCGCGGGUGAUGUGCGCCAAUAUGGUGCCGACCUGUUACGCAAGGCCUGGGAGAGUUUAGGCUGGGAAGCGACAGCCGACGACCAGCGACGAUACAAUAUCCGCAGAUUAGGAGGCUAUCAAGUGCAAUACGUGCCUAGUCUAGUGGCACCUACCAUCAGGCUUUGUCUGAGCAUGCACGAAGGCCUUCGCAAAGUUGCGGUCGAGGUACUUCAAACCAUGAUUGUGAGCGAAUGGGCAUUAAGUGAAGACCUCGAACUGAUUGAGACGGAAAUCAUCGGUGCGCUCAACUCGAUCCUGAAAGCGAAACCGGUGACGGCCAACGAAGCGGUGAGUCGCAAGGUGUUCAUCGCAGAGUUGCUGGAGUUGUUCUCCACCAUUGCGAAUCAGCCAGAUGAUGCCUUGUGGACCGCGCUUGAGGAGUUGGUGGGCACCGUCGAAGAACUGGUCGACCUGCUCACGAGCACUGAGCCGGAAGACGAACAGUACUUCAGGAACUCGUCAACAACCACCUCGGAUCGUAAUGGGCAUGCAAAUAGCAUUCAUCAGCGGAACGGCAGCAAGGACGCAGACUCUCAGACAUCAGAGGCUAAAGAACUUGCCCGGGCGAGGAGGAGUAUUGAUGGCCUGUCACCGUCGUCUCAGCAACAGCGACAACAGCACGGCCGAGAUCGCGAAUACGGGGUUCACGCACUGGAGUGUUACAAGCAGCUCGCCGAAGAGUAUGAGAGGAAUGGGGAUUAUAAGAGAUUGGCCAAGACGCAUCGGGCGAUCGCGAGGAUCCACGAAGCGAGGGCGGCCAGUCGCUUUGGUGGGAGGGAGGCGAACGUGAAUGGAUCUCGGGUGGGCAUGAGGGAUGACGAUGGGGAGGACGAGUUAUAG